CAAGCACACUCUUGAGCACCACCAUCAAGCAAAAUUCAUUCAAAUUUCAGCCAAUCGAUUUGAUCACAUCUCUAUUUCCAUCUCCUCAAGCCACCCAAAUCAUUUAACAUGUCUGGAGCUGGGGCCCGAGAGAAUGUAUUUCCAACACGGAUGAACUUGAACCUGGUUAAGCAACGUCUCAAGGGAGCCCAGACGGGACAUUCGCUACUCAAGAAGAAGGUCGACGCACUCACCAAACGAUUCCGAGCGAUCACACAGAAGAUCGACCACACCAAGCGUGAGAUGGGUCGAGUGAUGCAACUGGCUGCGUUCAGUCUGGCUGAGGUCACUUACACCAGUGGAGGGGAUAUCGGAUAUCAGCUGCAAGAAAGCGUCAAGGAAGCUACCUUCAAGGUCUCUACUCAUCAGGAAAACGUCUCCGGCGUCAUCCUGCCCACGUUUGGGGUCGAUCGAACUAAGGCAGGAGGGUCUGAACUGACUUUGACCGGGUUGGGUCGUGGUGGUCAGCAAAUUACUAAGGCCAGGGAAAUCUAUGCUAAAGCAACGGAGACUCUUGUCGAGUUGGCCUCCCUUCAGACUGCAUUCAUAAUUUUAGACGAGGUCAUCAGAAUGACUAAUCGUAGGGUUAAUGCACUGGAGCAUGUGGUGAUACCCAAACUAGAAAACACUGUCAAGUAUAUCAAUUCUGAACUGGAUGAGGGUGAUCGAGAAGAUUUCUUCCGAUUGAAGAAAGUUCAAGCGAAGAAGAAAGAGCGAACAGCGAUUGCCGAAGCCGAGAAACGAGAGCGAAUGCAGUCUGGCCAGGGGGAUGAGUUCGACGAUGCGGCGGGGGGGGCAGAUCUAUUAGGUGAACGAGACGAAGAUGUGAUUUUCUGAAACACGUCUUGGGCUGAACCUACCCACCCUUACCUGCGAAAGGAAUGUACGAACAAUCAGAUCUAGGUUAUUUUGGUUCAGCAAACGAUAACAUAUCCGCACAAUUCUUAUUAUUUUUUUCACAUAAGUUCAACAUUGUCACUAAUUUUGUUUGUUGUCAAUGUUAACCGGGCGGGCGUAUCGAACCCAACGGUUUCGAACCAUCUACCGAUUUCCAUCCUACAAGUAGUAUUCUCUUCUCCGAUUUUUGUACUUAUUUACAUGUUAUUCUACAGAGUCGUUUGGGAGGAGUGAAGGUGAUGCACUCAAAGUUAAAGAAACAUUAGCAUAUUAUUAUCGUUAUUAAUGGUUGGGGUUGAUUGAAAGUA